AUGGCAACAAAUGAUAACACUGAACAUGCUACCGCGCGUAACAAGUUACAUCACCUUAGAUGGGAUAGAAUUGAAAAUUUUACCACCUUUGUCAGGGAAUUUCUCAGGCUUGCUAAUAUUGCUGGACUAAACGGUGUGACGGAAUCGCAAAAAAUAGAUAUGUUUUUGCAAACCCUCCCGCCUGCUUUCACCAAAACCAUUAAGGAUACAAUAAGUAACCGACAAACCAAUAACGCAGAGUUUCAACCAACUUUGGAACGAAUUAUCGACAUGGCUGAACAACGCAGCGAUGUAUUUCGAUAUCGAUAUGGUUCUUGGUAUAUUUACGCUUCUCAAAAUUUUUGGUUUUUGUUCGACUACGGCUUGCGCAAUCCCCAACGAUUUUUGACUCUGAGCACUAUUGUGAUUGCCAUACUUUACUGGCAGUUUUUGAUGCCGCCAGUGAAGCCAAACAGUCCAGUUGGUAGUCUCGCAGCUCUUACCAAUGAUAUAUUCGUACAAAUUAACUCUGUCGAUAUUCCAGCAUCAGAUGCCAUUAUGGAGCAUACGCCUGAAUUUAAAAUAGCUGCAAAUAAAAUUGAAAGGAGUCCUGCUUUCUCAUCCACUGGUAGGCAAAUUGCCAAUGGACUUCGACAGUUUAGUGGAAAAGUUAUACGUGCUGGUAACAGCCUCAAAGAUAUGUAUCGGAAAGGGUCCUACGUUUUUGAAACUUUUCAUACGGAAAUCGGAACACUGUUGAACAUAUUUGAUGCCAAGUUUGCCGAUAAAUCCAGUUUUUUUAAAGAAAGAAUUGGGAAAAUGCUUAGAAUAGUCAAAGAGUUUCGUACACAUGUACAAAAAGCAAAGGACGCAAUGUUGGACGCGGAUACUCAGCGUGAUGAUGUUGAAAAAUAUAUAUUCAGCGGGCUGAGAGAGGCAGAAAGGUAUAUUCAUUUGGACUGGUUUAAAAGCCAGGCUGAUGUAUCAAUGGCGAAACGUGAACUGGAUGCAACUGUCGAUAUUUUGAAGUGUCUUCAAAAUACGGGCAGGAAUUUAGACAAAAUACUUAAGGUUUUGGACGAAUAUGAGAGUGGUUUAUUAGAGGUUCAAGCGCAGUUAGGUGGUUUGGUUAUAGUUACUAAAGCAGAUUUUAACUAUUUGAUAAAAUCGCUGAGAGACUUGCACAAGAGUCACCAAAAAUUUAUGCUAAAAGAUAGUAAACCGACCUUUAUGAGCAGGUUAUUGUUAUUUUGGUAA